CCGCUAACACUACUCGGGUCUGGGUGUCUGCGCCUUUGGCCGCGCUGUGCCUGGGCGAGGAGGCCGUUGUUCGCUCGCCGGCCGGCGCGGUUACCGGGACUUGGCGCUGGGACUGACCACCUCGACCCCCUUCCAGACUUCUCCGCCUCCGACGUGCCUCGGAACGGCUGCGGCCGCCGGGACUCGGCCCGGGGCAACUAGGGGCCCUUUCUCGCUCGGGGCUCGGAUGGGAGGCGUUGGGAGGAGCGGCCUGGGAUGUUCAGUCUGAUGGCCAAUUGCUGCAGCUGGUUCAAGCGGUGGCGGGAGCCCGUCAGAAAGGUGACUCUUGUGAUGGUGGGACUUGAUAAUGCUGGUAAAACGGCAACGGCAAAGGGAAUCCAAGGAGAGUAUCCUGAAGAUGUAGCUCCUACUGUUGGAUUUUCCAAAAUUGACCUCAGACAAGGAAAAUUUGAAGUCACCAUCUUUGACUUGGGAGGUGGAAAAAGAAUUCGGGGUAUCUGGAAGAAUUACUAUGCUGAGUCCUAUGGGGUAAUAUUUGUUGUGGAUUCCAGUGAUGAAGAGAGAAUGGAAGAGACAAAAGAGACAAUGUCAGAAGUGCUAAGACAUCCUAGGAUAUCGGGGAAGCCUAUACUGGUGUUGGCAAAUAAACAAGACAAGGAAGGGGCUUUAGGAGAAGCUGAUGUGAUUGAAUGCCUAUCUCUGGAAAAAUUGGUCAAUGAGCACAAGUGCCUAUGUCAAAUAGAACCUUGUUCAGCAGUCUUGGGCUACGGAAAGAAAAUUGACAAGUCCAUUAAAAAAGGCCUUUACUGGCUCCUACAUAUCAUUGCAAGAGACUUUGAUGCUUUAAAUGAACGCAUCCAAAGAGACACAACAGAACAGCGUGCUCUUGAAGAACAAGAGAAACGAGAGAGGGCUGAACGAGUGCGAAAAUUACGAGAAGAAAGAGAACAAAGAGAACGAGAGCAGGCGGAACUCAAUGGAACCAGCAGCCUGGCUGAGUUGGACUCCGAACCAAUUAUUGUUAAUCCUUUCCAGCCAAUCGCAUCUGUCAUCCUUGAGAAUGAAAGAAAACUUGAAAAAGACAAAAAGAGACACAGUAUGGAGAAAGACAGUGAUGGCUGCCCCCUGAAACAUAAAACGGAGAAUGAGCAAAUAGAGACACAGAGCCAGAUCAGUGACAAUAGCCAAAAAAACAAUGAGCUUGGAAUAGUUGAAAAUUAUAAAGAGGCAUUAACACAGCAGUUGGAGAAUGAAGAUGAUACAGACCAGCGAUCAUCAGAAUCAGAUAACAGCAAAAAGAAAACUAAGAAACUAAGAAUAAAAAGGAGUCACCGUGUAGAACCUGUUAAUACAGAUGACUCUGCUCCUAAGAGUCCAACACCACCCCCGCCUCCUCCUCCUCCUGUUGGCUGGGGAACCCCCAAAGUCACUAGACUUCCAAAACUUGAGCCUCUUGGUGAAACACGUCAUAAUGAUUUCUAUGGGAAGCCACUGCCUCCCCUGUCUGCGCGACAGAGGCCUAACAGUGAUGCUCAUGAUGUGGUUUCAUAACCGAGUCAUGUGAUGAGCUUUUUAAAGAUCUGCAAGAUCAACUAGAAGACCUUCCUUCUCAAAGAAGAAAAACCCUAAGCAUUGAUGACUGGGGCAAGAUAACCAUAGUGAUUUCAGUGAGAUAAAUAGCCAAAGACCUGGCUGAUAUGACAAUUAUCCAUGUUAUUCAUGGUUUUAAAAAAAGGAAGGAAAAUGACCAAUAGAUGGCAUGAGCAUUUGAAUCAAGUUAGCAGGAGUUACUGUUGACUCUGGUUUUUACAGUCCUGCUCAUGGGCAUAUUCCUGAAGGAAAACCUCUUCAGAAAAAGAGCCAAUGGACUCUGCACACUUUCUUUACCGUAUGUUUAAUAGUCUUUAUUAUUGUAUCCUAAACAUUUUUUGUAAGAUACAUGUGCAUGGAAGGGGAACUCUUGGGAAUUUAUAACCUAAGUUUUUAACUUUUUAUAUUUUUCUAAAACUUACAAGAAUUUUAAUUAUUAUGAUAUCGCCUGUGCACUUUUCUAUAGAUGCUUUGUUUAAAUUGUGUCUGGAAAUGGAGUUGAUUUACUUGACAAACAUGAACUACACAAACAGGACAUAUUUAUAUGGUUUAAGGUAUAUUUCAUAAUAGUAUUGUUCUUGAAGUGUACAUUCUAAUUUUACCUAAUUUUAAAGUAAUGCCUUUUAAAAAUAGCUUCUUAGAUCUUUACUCUACCAAAUUAUAUUAUUUGAAAACACUACCCAAGGAGAGUUCAAUUUUUUUGUCAUUUGCUUUUUUUUUUUUUUUUUUUUGGUGAUGAUCACAAUAAAUCAAGGAGACUUGAAAUACUUUUUUGACCUAUAUGCUUUUUAAAUGAAUAAAAAUGUUAUGUGAGAUAUUACUAAAAUUUCUAAUGAACACCUCUUUUAUAAGAUAGACCUUUUCAGAUCAGGAUGCUCCUUGUCACCCCCUCAUUCUAUCAGAAGCUUCAAUGACUCUUUUAGGUUAUUCUAAUUGUUUUGUGCCUUGGAAAUAAAGGCAGAAAGACUGAAAAAGCCACUGUAAGUACAGAGACUUGUGUUUUAUAACCAGGAAAUGCUUGGGAACUAAUCAAUAGGAAUAAAAAUGUUGGCUUAAAAUUACUAAAUAAUUCCAAAAUAAUUUCCCAAUUUAAAAUAAUAGCACUUUUCUUGCAGUAAAGAAUGGCAUCUGUAGAAUUCUCUACUUGUCUGGCAUUUAGACAAACUUUUAGAAAUAUAAAUAGAAAUAGAAAUCUAUUUUGAGUAAUAGAUUCAUAAUGUUGCAUUUAAUUGAAAGUGUACGUUUAUAUCAAGGUGAAAAUGCAAUAUGAAAAUACAAUAUGAAUCCUUAUCACCUUGUUAAAAUUGGUAAGUUGGGUAACUUGUACUGGCAACAGACAUAUACUAGUAUCUAACAAUAACAAGAUUAAGUAGGUCUAAGGCAGUUUAAUAUGGUUAUUUACUUUAAAAGUUUAACUUUGGAGCAUCACAUUUUAGUCAUAUUUUAUAACAACCUAAAUUUGAUAAAUGGCUGAAAUGUAAGGAAAAGCAACACAAGAAGGCAGAAUGUAAAUUUUGAAUUGGAUUUUAGAGAAAAACUUGUUUGUACAUCUUUUUGGCUCCUUUUUGUAACAUUUACAUUUAGUCAUUUUUUUAAAAAAACUGAACUUUUACUUUUGCCAUCUUUUAAAUUUUCAUCUAGUUUGAGAAUAAAUAAAGGUUAAAUUUUUUUGUUUCCUACCAGUGAUUACUGUAGUGUACAGUAAUUAUUGAGUUCAUUUAUUAGGAAUGAAUAAAAAUGAUUUUGAAAUUAAAUAUAUGAUAAAGUGAAAUAAAUGUUUUAUAUCUCUCUCUCAAAAAAGUAAUUUGUAUUCUUAAAGCA